AUUCUACCAGCUGCACCACAGAGUAAAAUACUAAAAUAGUUAUCAAUUAUCAUCAUUCUAUGGAUCUGAAUUCUGAGGUCUCGUGAUUAAAUUAAUAGUGACUAAUGUGUUUAUUAUGUGUUUAUUAAUUGUAAAUUUGUAAUUACUUAUUGUCAACAUUGAAAAUUCAAUUCAAGAUCGUGAAUUAUAACAUACACGUACUAGGAAAGAUUAUUUUUAAUUUUUAUUGUUUAUACAUAAUGAUGUCUUUCCAUUUUGUUUACGUAUCUUAAAUUUAAUAAGAAAAAAACUAAAUCGUUUAGAAAGGAUGGCACAAAUUCCUGAAUGUCCGGAAAGUCUGAAGAAGAUUCAACAUCAUCUGAAAAUUGCUUUAGAACACGAUUCUAAAGAUCCAGUAAUCAGUUAUUGGUGUCGACUAUAUGCCCUGCAAACUGCAUUGGUAAUAGAUAAAUCAUCGAAAGAUGUGAAAAUGUUUUUAGUAUCUUUAAUGGAUUGGUUGGAAAAACAAAAAAAUAAUUUAAAAGAUAAUGAUAUGAUCACAAAUGAGACUGCUGCUCAAGCACAUAUAGAAAACUAUGCAGUAAAAUUGUUUAAUUUUGCAGAUGGAAUGGAUCGUCAAGCAAAUUAUAACAAGAAUAUAGUUAAAUUGUUUUUCACUGCUGGACUGCUUAUGGAUGUUUUAAGUGUAUUUGGAGAUGUUUCUGAAGAGAUUUCAAAUACUCAAAAAUAUGCUAAAUGGAAGGCUACAUACAUUCAUAAUUGCAUGAAAAAUGGUGAGACUCCUACGCCUGGACCACCAGUAUCAGAAAGUGGACAAAUCGGUUUCAACUUUCCAAACCAAGGUGAAGACAUUCCACAACCAACAAAUAAUUUUGUUCCCGUUUCUCCUACUACACCUACAUAUAAAGAUUAUCCUGCAUCAACUCCUAAUGAGUACCAAACAAUACCAAACACGUCCACAGUUAGUCCAACAGAAAUUCAACCAACUGUAUCGGAAAGACCAGUUUUACUCAGAGAUGGAAUACAACUAUCACCAUCACAAAUCACUAAAGCACAGAAAUAUUGCAAGUUUGCUGCUAGUGCAUUAACCUAUGAUGAUGUUUCAGAGUCCAUUGCUAAUUUACAAAAAGCACUGAAGUUACUAACAACUGGUGAAGAUUCAUAGUUAUUACUUACUAAUUAUUAAAAUAGCUUUUAAAAAAUGUA